GAAAUAUGAGAUAGGGUUUGAGAGCUAGAAGUUUUCCUGAGGAUCUGGAACCAUCUCGCACGCGGAUCUCAGCUUCGCAUCAUCGGCCAUGGCGUCCGGCUCCCGACGGUGAUGUCCCACUUCUCCACUCUCCGCAUUCUCGAUCUCAUCCAGACCAUGGCAACGUCGAAGAAGGUGAUAACGAGGGAGGAGUGGGAGCGGAAGCUCCGGGAUGUGAAGAUCCGCAAGCAAGACAUGAACAAGCUCGUCAUGAAUUUCCUUGUCACUGAGGGUUACGUUGAGGCUGCUGAUAAGUUUCGCAUCGAGUCUGGCACUGAACCUGAUAUCGAUCUGGCGACCAUUACUGAUCGAAUGGCGGUGAAGAAGGCUGUGCAGUCUGGUGAUGUUCUGGAUGCCAUUGAAAAAGUGAAUGAUUUGAAUCCUGAGAUACUAGAUACAAAUCCUCAGCUAUAUUUCCAUCUUCAACAACAGAGGUUGAUAGAAUUGAUUCGUGUUGGAAAGGUAGAGGAGGCACUGGAGUUUGCUCAAGAGGAGCUAGCACCAAGGGGCGAGGAAAAUCAAUGUUUUUUGGAUGAGUUGGAGAGGACAGUUGCACUGCUGGCAUUUGAAGAUGUGAAGAAUUGUCCAUAUGGAGAACUUCUUGACCUGUCUCAGCGUUUAAAAACUGCAAGUGAAGUAAAUGCAGCCAUCCUCACAAGCCAAAGCCAUGAAAAAGAACCAAAGCUUCCUAGUCUAUUGAAGAUGCUGAUAUGGGCUCAAAAUCAGCUUGACGAGAAGGCUGUUUAUCCACAUAUCACUGACUUAGUUAAGGCCACACUUGAAGAUCCAGCUAUCUGAGUCUUAAGCGCUGCUUUGUGAGCCAAUUCAGUAGGAAACUGGAAAUUCUUGGUGAACUUAUGUGAAUAACUGGAUUAUUGUGUUCUCUUGAAUGCUAGAUUCCUAAUGACUGGAUUUCCUAAGUUCUCAUUUAUAAUGGUCAAUAUGUUAUUCCCUCA